GUCGGUCGGUCGGUCGGGUCGGGCGCUGUGUGAUCACAUCGGAUCACCGGAUCGUAUCGUGAACGACGCGCUGUCGGGAGAAGCUGCUCAUCCUGCGGUGGAUUAUAAACUGUGUUUUUUACAGGCGCACGAUUCGCGGUGUGAGUGUGCCGGUGCUUUUUUAACGCGUCCCCGUAGUGCCCGAUUCACGAUGCAGGUCUGUGCUGCAUAUUUACCGAGCAGAGCUGCGCUUCAUCAGGAUCGGAACCCCGCUGUGAGACCACAUGCAGUCAUGCAUCCAGAUUGCGCGUGAAUCGGUGAGAUUUGAGCAGACCCUUGGUGGACCCGUCGGGCUGGCAGCACCCAGUGCCAUGCAUCGGUCUCCUGGUUCCUCAGCAGCACCCAGUGCGCAGCGCGGCUGUAGUGUGGAGCGCCUGGCCUGCCUGUGAGGAACCAGCUGAAGGAACCAGCCGGGAUGGAGAAGUUCCUGCAGAUCGCGCCCCACUCCCUGGCCAUCGUGCUGAGCCGGGUCGGAACCGAUGACUCUCCCGCGGUCGCCGACGAGCUCCAGCACCAUCACACGGGCUACGAGAUCUUCGCCGACUUCAAAUCCGAGAACAUGCAGCACUUCUGGAACAAGAAGGUGACGGACGCCAUAGCGGAGACCUUCUUUCUGGGGUGGAUAGACGAACAUGUCCUGCUCAUCCAGGGCAAGGAGGACCACUUGGAGGUGCUCAGGGAGGGAUGGACUCGAAGGGCUCUCAAACCACCGCGAGGCUUCGAGAUCAAGUGUAUAGGUGACGUGUCUCCCAUCAGCAUGUCUCCCAUCAGCCAGUCUCAGUUUAUUCCACUCGGUGAGAUUCUGUGUUUGGCCAUCUCAGCCAUGAACUCGGCACGCAAACCUGUAACACAGGAGGCGCUGAUGGAGCACCUCACUACCUGCUUUCCAGGCGUCCCCACACCGAGUCCGGAGAUCCUACGUCACACGCUCAACAUGCUGGUCCGGGAGCGGAAGAUCUACCCCACACCAGAGGGCUAUUUCAUCGUCACACCGCAAACCUACUUCAUCACCCCCUCCCUUAUUCGCACCAACAGCAAAUGGUACCACCUGGAUGACCGGCAGCAACAACAACAACAGCAACAACAACAGCCACAGCAACAGCAACAACAACAGCAACAACAGCAGCAGCAGCAGUGUACAUCACCCCAGUCUGGCACAAUUACCCCCUCCACGUCGGCCUGUGUACGGGAACGGCUCAACCACAAGAACCACUGCGACUCCUACAACUCGUACCGCGACGAGGUGCCCAGCAAUCACACCACGCUCCAAAGGAAAUCGCCGAAAGAACCAAAAGGAGAUCCUCCGUCAUACCCGCAGCCCCCGCCUCCCCCGUCCACCGCGCAACACCUGGCAGAUCCCGACAAGAGCAGGACCAACCCGUCCUUCACCUACAAGACGGACACGUUGACAAAGAAGAAGGAAGGGAGCAUAGGGGGCAGCAGCGAAAGGCAAUCGAAAAAGUUCGGCUUGAAGCUUUUCCGUCUCAGCUUCAGGAAAGACAAGACGAAGCAGCUCGCCACCUUUUCUGCGCAGUUCCCGCCGGAAGAGUGGCCUCUCAGGGACGAGGACACGCCCUCGUCUGUCUCCAUCCCUCGCGAGGUGGAGAUAGAGAUCAUCCGGCGGAUCAAUCCCGACCUGACGGUGGAAAACGUGGCGCGCCACACCGCCGUCAUGAAGCGCCUGGAGGAGGAGCGGGCGCAGCGCAGCAAAGCCAGCUCGUCCGCUCAGCACAGCGGGCGGAGCCGUCGCAGCCGGGGCCACCGGCGGGUCCCGCACGGAAAGUCUCGCUCGCAUAGCAAGACCCGGACGUCUCGAGGGGAUCCGUCGGAGAGCUCCAAUCUUGAUCUGGCGGCCGUGGGACUGGACAGGGAUUAUCGGUUCUUCAGUCACUCGCUGGUGCGCUCGCCGAGGGAGGGGAUGUACACCGUGGAACGCAGGAGCGGCGCCGCCUACCUCGUUCAUAGCAACCCCAACAUCGCAGAGUCCUAUUUCCCAGUUACGCCUGAAUGGGAUGUUUCAGGGGAGCUCGCGAAGAGAAGGACGGAGAUGCCCUUCCCAGAACCUUCUCGUGGAACCUCCCACUCCAGGGUGCACCGGAGUCACAGCCACACGCAGGACCGCAAAUCCCGGAACGAGCGGACGGACAAAGCCAAGGAGAGAUCGCGAUCCAUGGACAACUCCAAGGGUCCACUGGGAAGCGGAAGCUCCAUGUUAGGGCCUUCCGAGGACUACGAUCGGAGUCCGGACCACCGAAGUCGCUACUACACCGACGAUGGGACGCUUAGGGCCUCAUCGCAAAAAACCUCCCAUUAUUCGCGCAUCAUGUUUUCGGCGGCUAAGUUCAGCUCCGAGAUGUCUGUGCUCGACAUUGGCAAGAUGAGCUUGGACACGCCUCUGGAGAGGAACAAGAGUCGAGACAGCCUUCCAUCCUACAGUGACAUGAAGGCCCUGUCGCCCAAACCUCUGGCCGAUGACUACUUCCAGUGCAAUACGUCGAACGAAACAAUCCUGACAGCGCCCCUGCCGCUGGGUAAAUCCGACCACGACACUUUAACGCCGGCAGACGGGAUCCGAAAGGGAUCGCCGGCCGAUCGGCAGACGCCGCACCUCACCUCCCCUCAUACCAUGGACUACAAAGAGGACACGUCCACCUCCAAGGGUUCCGGUAAACCCACGCCGAGCCAGACGCCGGAGCCGAUAUCUAGCGGACGUUUAAUACAGCACCAACAACACAACGCAGACCCCGGGGGCGGCGGCGGCGGCGGGGGCGGCGUGAUGGCGGACAAGCGGAAAGAGAUCUUCAGCAAGGACACUUUGUUCAAACCACCGCACAGCGUCUUGACAAUGAGCUACGUGGACGCCGGCUACUCGAAGCCGGGCACGCUGCGAAAGAUGCCGCACAUGAAAUCGGCCGAGGUGCUCGAUACCCUGGAAUCACAGCCUCCGCCCAACUCCGCCCCCUUACCCACGUCGGCCCCGGGCCCUACGGGUCAGGAGCAGGGCAACCCGUCCGCGUCAGAGGCCGCCUUCGACUACUACAACGUGUCGGACGACGAGGACGAGGACGAGGAGGAGGAGGAGAGCUCUCACAAAGAGACGGCUCCUCCGGAGGUUAAGGGCAGGACAGGGGGUGGAGACACUGGUAGCACGGGUGGGGUCGGUGUUGUGGGCGGGGUCGGGACUAUGCAGUGGCUGUUGGAGCGUGAGAAGGAGCGCGAUCUACAGCGGAAGUUCGAGAAUAACCUGACGCUGCUGAGCCCCAAGGAGAACGAGAACACCAGCAGCCAGAAGUCGGCGCACUCGGCCCGGCUGGACAGCAUGGACAGCAGCAGUGUCACUGUAGACAGCGGAUUCAACUCACCACGAACGCGGGAGAGUCUGGCCUCCAACACCUCCAGCAUCGUGGAGAGCAACCGGCGUCAGAAUCUGGCGCUGAGCCCGGGACACAUGGGCAGCUCGCUGAUCGGUGCUCCGUUCUCCUUCCGCUCCGUGGCCGAGGCGCCGGGCACGCAGGCCGAAAAACUGCAGAAACCCAACAACUGCCUCGCCUCCAUCACCAGCGUCUGACCCGGCCCGAGCCCGAGGAGAACCCACCAAAAAAACACACCGGGCCGAGGAGCGAGAGAACACAAAAAAAAACUGAAAACAGAACUCAGGCCGGGUCAAAGCACCUCAAACCUCCACGGGGACUGUUAAACCCACAGGUAUGGCUUCCACUGACUGUUCCUACAGCAUCGCAACAAACCACUGCAAAAAAAAAUGAGAAGAUAAAAACACGAAGAAAUAAAAAUACAAACGGAAACGAAUCACGAUUUAUCUCGAUCAGGAAAUCCGAGCGAUAUUUUCAUAACCCGGGAUAGUCUUCAAGUAUCUGCUCAUCUUAUUAUUUCUGUUCGAUUAUGAUUCUGUUCAUUUUGUGUAAUAAAGGUUGUUUUUUCAUCCUGAUGAUGGAUUAAGGUUGCACUCCUGACUCAAACCGGAUCGGAUCGUAUCGAAUCGAAACGUCGCAGAGAGGAAGAUGAGGAAGAGGAAGAAGAAACGCCACGCCGGUCUGAAACCUCACGUCCGAGCGAGAGAUCAAAAUUCCAUGAUUCAUGAUGUUGUAUAAUAAUAAAUUUGAAGAAUAAAAUCAUUCCUCAUGACAGUUAGCUCUGUUGUUAAAGUAAUAAGAACUGGAGUCAUACUUUUCAUACGCUUAUUAAAUAAUAAAAAAAGAAAGAAAUAGUACUUAGAUUGACUUAAUAUAAAAGAAAACAAACUUAUUCUGAAAUUAAAGGAUUCAUCAUUUAGGAAUAAAAACGAGGACUGUUCUUCUUUUGUUUUUGCUUAAUUUUCUUAUUAUUUUUACGUUUAUUUUGAUCGAAUCCCAGAUGAGUGUAACGUGUGUGACUGUACUGCUCUCACUCGACCAGUUUACCUGUUUCAUUAAAGUUUCUAUCUGACAUUGAA